UCUCAUACCAUAACUCGAAUUUCCUCACCCGAUCAGAGACCUGGUGGUUUAGUGCAUCGGAAGAUUUAGCGUACAUUUAAUCUUUAUUUUGUUUUUAUCCGUCGUAUAUCGAAACUUUGAUAAAAAUGGUGAAAGUCAGCUUAUUUUGCCUACUAGUGGUUGCGGUUAUCUCCGCCAAUGCCCAAGGACUUGGAUUUUUCGGAUUCGGUGGUGGGUUCGGUUUUGGACCGGGAGUAGACUUCCACAAUAUUGUUCUGCAAUCAGCAGCAGCUAAAUUAAGUGCCCAAAACUUACCAGAAGACCUUCAAAAUCGACUCACAGAUAGUCUGGCAAGAGCUGAAUUGGCUUACGUUGGUUGCGAGAAUGGUGUCUAUUGGCAGUACAGACGUUGCACCGCUUUGGAGAUGAAAAACGCAUUAACUGAAAUCAAAGCAAUUGAGAAUGAACUGAACUUGAGGAACGCUGCAACUUCAGCAGCACCAGUUGAAUCAGUUUCAGGUAAUGCUGUUGUUGAAGAGAAUACCGGAAAAUGAUAGAAUUAGAUACGUAGUGAAAUCCAUUAAAAAGAAAAUUGGAAUGUUAGUUAAUUGAUAGUGAAUUAUUGGCAUUUAUAUUAAAUUGUUGCAGGUGAUGCAAAUCUGUAUUUUUCAA